GCGGAUCAUUUUAUUGCUGUAGGAGGUUGUUUUUGUCGAUCGGUGCUUCGUGCUCUAUGACGAGUGGUCGCGGUAUUUUGUUGUAGUAAACUUCUAAAAGGAAGCGAAUGAUGUGUGUGGUAUUUCUGCCUGUUUCGGAAGCCGACGGCGUUGAAGUUUUGUAGGGAUCUAUACACAGAUCACGAAACUGUGUUUGAAAGACGGAGAAAUACUUGUUUAGUGGUCAGAAAAGGCCGAGAUUUAUAGUUUUGAAGCGUUGUACACUGAAUUGUGCACCAGAUCAAAGGUCAGAAAAUGAAGAAAAUGUUCCAAUAAGAGUGUAUCGGAAGAAAUAAAAAAAUGAUUAAGAUUAUGUUGGAUUAGUGUGUUAUUUUUCGAAAAGGCGAGUAUUAAACGAGAAGAAUUACAGGAAAGUAUCUUGAGGCUUGCGACGUGUAGAGGUUUCUCAACGGAUUCCAUCAGUACUUACGGCUGCGUGAGAGGUCACGCCGUGAACGAGAUUGGCACCGGUUGAAAGCGAACCGCGCAAGUGCAUUACCUAUCAGUAUUGAGAAACUGCACGAACGAUGAACGGAUGAAUAAAGAAUAAUGCACGAUUCGGAAGAAAUUAAAAGUUGUUUUAGCGAUGUGCUGAUAAUGCUGAGAGAAGUAAUGACCAGCUAAACAGGUCCAGUACCUACCAGCAACGGCUUUGUACCAGGGGUUCAUUACUCGUCGCACGGAUUGCCGGCCGAUCUGAAGACGAUUUUGUUAAAAGGAUUUGCGAUGCUACGAAUUACGGUGCGGUUCGGCGGAUAGUUGUUUGUUGUGGUUUUCAAUACGCCGAGUGAGGGAAAGGGUGCUUAUUAGAGGUGAACCAGCCUUUGCUUGAAACCGGAAAGUGAAACAGUGAAUCCAAAGUGUGAUUAAAUGGAAUUAGAGGAAGGAGCAAUAAAUUUGCAUCUGCAUUGAAUGAGCACUCCAGCAUAAGUGAUCCGAUAGUGAAGUGAUAAUUGGAUGUUCGUAAUACGUUCGAAUUUGCGCGGGAAUCGACUCGACGAGUUGCAGUUUAUUUGUGAUGGUACCGUGAGAACGCUCGAGAUGGGAACGUUUUGAACAUAGCAGAUGACACCGCAGAGCUAUCUCCGUCGGAAUCAGUGAAAUGCCGAAACGCCAAAUAUAAAGGCUAGAUUUACAAUCCAUUAAUAGCAUCAUUAGCCGCAUCGUAAAACGAACUAAACCAAAUUUGUUACAUAAACAACCUGUCCAGUAAAAGCAAAACACUUGCGUACACACGUUACCCGGCUGUAGCAGUAACUGGACAAAUGAAAUAAAAAGAAAUUGAAAUUUCGAAACACAAGACUAAAAAACUGUUAUCUCGUGGCGCAAGAUCAAGAAAGACGGACAGCAGGAUCGACAGUAAAAACAAAAGCCAACGAAUUCCAAACGGCAUUUCCCCCCUUCGAAAAUUGAAUAAAUCGUUUACCCGUCCUGCCGCGGCCCGCAUGGUUCAUCCGCGUGCUUGUCCGGAAGAGCACAAGGCUCCUCAAACCAGUCGCAGCCCGAUGCGAAGCUGACAUGGUGACAUGUUGCUGCCAGACCAAACGUACGAACAGGCCAACAACCAUCAGGACUACUUACGAUCAUAUGAUGAAUUCAACCGAAUCAUCGAUCUGAAAGAAAUCGAUGUCAAGCGGCUGCACCGCAACAUUUUCGACAGCGACAACGCGGACGAGUUCAUGGUGCUGACGAAUAAUGAGAUGAAAUUUUGUCAGGCCAGUCGAAGCGGUAGCAGCUUACCCAGUGCGGCCGGAGUCAGCGCCGGUGUACCAGGAAUUAGUGGUGGCGGAGGGAAGAGCCCCGCACAGGAGGACACCGACAGUGCUAUUUGGAGCACCAGAGAACAAUUGAAAAGCCGGAAUGACAAUGGCAAAAUUGUAACGAGUGUUUCUGGCCGGAAAGUGGGUGGUGGGUGUAGAGACAACAGGAGUCCAGAGGAAUGGAAGAGCAGAGCAGCACGACGACAUCAGAGAUCACGUCGAGGAGCGAAUGACAGCAGCUGCAGUAGCCUCGCCAGUGACAUCCAAACGGACAUUGGCAGCGAAGAAUAUGAAGACGAUCGGCGGGCUGAUCCAAUGCGUGAUCGGAAGGUUGCAGACGAGCAGGAAACCGAUUACGACAAGACGUCGGACUUUUUCAACAACAUUCCGGAGUUUCAAGGUGAAUCGUUAGGUCCCUUUAGCUUGAACAACAAGAAUGAUAUGAACAUCAGAACCAAUAUCGACAUCUUGCGUGCUUGCGAGUUGUUCCUGAUGCGCAACCGUAUCCGGCCGGAUUUCUUCUGCAAGUACAAAAAAGUUAUCAAUGCCUCCGUAUCGGCACCUCCCUCAUUUCCACUUUCGCGAACGAGAACACCGGUUGACAGUACCGGGCGCAAACCGAAAAGUUUGUCUCCAGCAAUGCAGCGACCACCGUCGUCACGAGGGAAUCUGGGGACGCCGCCAAAAACCUGCACCCCCACCACCACCACCGCUGCCGUGAAUGCGAUUUACAGCGUGCCAAAUCGUGCCGGCAAACGGAGACGAUUUAUUGUCAACUCGAAUACGGAUGCAUCCUCCUCGAAUGAAGCAGUUCACCUACAGCAGAAAUUGAAGAGCCUGAGCACCGAACUGGUCACACUAAGAAGUCGGCUUCACACCGGUGGUCAAACAACGACAACGGGGGGACCGAAUGGUGCCGUUGCCGUCAGCAGUCCUGUAGUUACACCAGCCACAACGCCAAAUACAAACCCCCAAACGUUAGGUGGUCACGGAACGACGGCCACCACCACAGCCACCCCUACCACCGGUACUGGAACCGGAGGUCUCGCUGCAACGACAGUUGGCGCAAACGGGAUCAACAUUCUGUCACACCUGAACGCUGCCAACAGUACCAGCUGCAAUAGUAAUACCACAAACGGCAAGAGUCACAUGAUACUCGCCGCGGCACAGUGCAUACCCCCAGCCAGCAGCACAUUGAACCACCCGAGCAAUGUCAUACCACUAGUUUCGCCGAGAAAUACCUCGAUACCCUACCCGUUGCCGCAUCACAACAGUACCGGAACGAUACUUGUCGCAGACACAGCACAAUGCGGCGGUGGCGGCAUGACGGGAGGUGGAACGCUACCACGGAGGACGACAGUUGGAUUCAAUGCUAAAGGCCAGAAUCUGCAUGGGGCCGGUGCAGGACUAGCUGGUGUGCACCUAAAUUCCACGAGUGGAACCACGGGCGGAUCGGGCGGAGGCACCGUGGUCAUAGGUACCCAUACUUACCAUUCCUCGAGUGGUCUGUCCGGCAGUGUUGGAGUUGGCACAGGUAACGGCAUCGGUACGGCCGAUAAAACUGCGAAGUUGGAAGACCUGAUACACCUCCCAGGACCACUAACCGAGGACGCUGUAAUGCGAACGUUGCAAACCAGAUUCAACGAGGGAAAAUUCUUCACAAACGUCGGCCCUAUCCUGCUUGCCGUCAACCCGUACCAUGACGUUGGGAACCCACUGACUCUAUCGUCGACCCGUUCGGUUCCACUGGCUCCUCAGCUGCGAAAAAUUGUACAAGAAGCCGUCAGACAACAAGCAGAAACUGGCUAUCCUCAGGCAAUAAUCCUAUCUGGGACAUCCGGAUCUGGCAAAACCCACUGUUCAAUGUUACUGCUCCGACAACUGUUCGCAGUGGCCGGUGGAGGACCGGAAACGGAUGCCUUCAAACAUCUAGCCGCAGCCUUCACCGUGCUACGAUCACUAGGAUCGGCCAAAACAUCAACUAAUUCCGAGUCCAGCAGGAUUGGUCAAUUCAUCGAAGUGCAAGUGACAGACGGAGCUCUCUAUCGAACCAAGAUCCACUGCUACUUUCUGGACCAGACACGUGUCAUAAGGCCGCUGCCGAACGAGAAAAACUAUCACAUUUUCUACCAAAUGUUGGCCGGACUGAAUGCCGAAGAAUGCGCUCGACUGAACCUGGAAGGUUAUUCACCGGCCAACUUGAGGUACUUACAGAACGGUGAUAUUCGACAAGAUGAACAGGAAGAUGCGGCGCGGUUUCAAGCAUGGAAAGCAUGCCUGGGUAUUUUGGGCAUUCCGUUUUUGGACGUCGUACGGGUGCUAGCGGCUGUUUUGCUGCUAGGGAAUGUUCAGUUCGUUGAUGGACAGGGACUGGAGGUGGAGGUGAGCGGCGAAACAGAAUUGAAUGCAGUGGCUAAUCUGCUGGGAGUUCCACCGGCUCAACUGUUCCGUGGCCUAACCAUUCGUACUCACAAUGCACGCGGUCAAUUAAUAAAAUCGGUGUGCGAUGCCAACAUGUCCAACAUGACGCGAGAUUCGUUGGCCAAGGCUCUCUACUGCCGAACGGUAGCGACGAUAGUGCGAAGGGCGAACAGUCUGAAACGUUUGGGUUCGACACUGGGAACGUUGAGUUCUGAUAGCAACGAAUCAGUACACAAUCAAGCCGAGGUUGCGAGUCAACAUGCGUCCACUAUCGGUGGAGGUAACGCCGGUUCAAAAUCGAUGGCUGCACUCAACAACGCCGUUCGACAUGCUACAGAUGGAUUUAUAGGCAUUCUGGACAUGUUCGGCUUCGAAGAACCUCGACCAGCCCAGCUGGAACACCUAUGUAUAAAUCUGUGCGCGGAAACUAUGCAACAUUUUUACAACACUCACAUUUUCAAGAGUUCCGUUGAAUCAUGUCGAGAAGAGGGCAUUAUAUGUGAUGCCGAGGUCGAUUAUGUCGAUAAUGUGCCCUGUAUCGAUCUGAUUUCUUCGCUCAGAACUGGCCUGUUGAGUAUGCUGGACGCGGAAUGUUCCGUACGUGGAACGGCGGAAAGUUAUGUGGCCAAAAUCAAGGUACAGCACAGAAAUUCAGCACGUCUUGAGCAGAGAGCUUCCGAGCCGUACGACCCUCGGAUGUUUGCAAUCCGGCACUUUGCUGGUCGUGUUGAAUACGAUACGACAGACUUCUUGGACACGAACAGAGAUGUGGUUCCUGACGAUUUGGUUUCUGUUUUCUACAAGCACACGUGCAAUUUUGGAUUUGCGACGCAUCUCUUUGGCACCGAAUUAAAAGCUCUUUAUGCACAGGAAAAUGUACCGCGAGGUUUAAGUUUCAGAAUUGCACCCACAUCACACACUGAUUUGUUGAAUGGAGAUGAGCCAGUUUCUACGUUGACGCAAGAUUUUCACACCAGAUUGGAUAAUUUGCUGAGGACACUUGUACAUGCACGGCCCCACUUUGUCCGAUGCAUUCGUAGUAAUACUGCAGAGAAAGCAGGUGUGUUCGACCGUGGUACGGUGGUGCGACAGAUUCGUGCCCUUCAGGUACUCGAGACCGUAAAUUUGAUGGCCAGUGGCUUCCCGCAUCGUAUGCGAUUCAAACAGUUUACAGCCCGGUACCGCAUGUUGGCUCCCUUCCGACUACUAAGGCGUUGUGAAGAGAAGGCUUUGGAAGACUGUAAGCUAAUUUUAGAUUUCGCACUAGAAAACCCACCCGAAUUAGACGGGUCAGUGACACUGUCGUGGGCGCCUGGAAAGAGGCAUAUCUUUCUAAGCGAGGGCAUUAGGCAACAUUUGGAAAUGCUAAGAACUGAGGUGCGUAUGAAAAGUGCCACGCUCAUUCAAGCCACGUGGCGUGGGUGGAACUUAAGAAAACGGCUCGGUACAAUUCGAAAGUCUCACGACAUUAAACUUGUUGGCAGCGGUUUGCUAGCAAUAAACAAGAAUAAUGCUACAAGACCACCAACUGCAGCACCAAAGGCUAAUGCGAAUAAUACCGGAACAGCAACAAGACCAAGGCCACAGCCAAUUGCGGGUACUCCACCACCUGAUCCUAAUGAGAAAUGCGACUCAAAAAUAAUCGCACAGACUUGCACUCUAUUUGGGUUAGAUUUGGAACGUCCACCCCCAGUGCCACCAUCUCGCUCGUACACAGUAACAGGAAAUUCCAAGCUCGGUUAUCCCCAGACUCGUACCAUGAAAAUGAACUUCCCAGAGGAUUCUGCCACUUCUAAUGUGGGCGAGCAGUUGCGCAAAGGAGAAGCCGUCACGGUUACCGGAGCAUCGCACCGUCGGGGUCAUCUGAUCGUUGAACACAAUGGCAUCAGUUUGCACGUACCUUUUCAAUACAUGGAAUUGGUUAAAAAUUCCACUUCACCAGCACCCCCAAAUGCCACUGCUGUUAAUAUUUAAUCCAUCGUUUAAUGCCCUUUUCCCUGUUGUUAGCCUCUGCUCUAUCAUCACUACUAAUCCAACCUAUUACUACAAAACACGCACUAGUUAUACUGUCCCAAUGUCUUCCAUUCGCAGAAUGCAAUUUCAACCACAGGUUUAUUUAAUGAAAUCGUAGUCCUUUAAGCAUUCAUCGAUAGCAUUUACUAGAAUAGUCUGUAAGGCGAAUCAGAUACAAUCGUUUACACAACAUUAUACUUACCAUUUUAUCAUGUAUUUAAUGCAAACGAUAAAAGUACUACAUUUUAGGACUGAUAAAUAUUGGUAGAAUAGUCUAUAACCUAUUAGGAAGAAGCUCUUCACAAACUGAUUAUUUACAUAAGUGAACCACACUUUAUAGAAGCAUUGAUUCUAUAGGGAUUCGAAGUGCCAACCUAUUUUAUGUAGGAUAUUUACCGAUAGUAACUGGAAAAAGUUGACCUUUUCCAUGCACCGCAGCUGUUGAAAAAAAAGGGUUCAUUUACAACGAAGUAGAGCUAGACGAACAAUAUCAGCAAUACCAUACAAAAACGAGAUUCUUGUUUACUCACAAAACUCUAGGGAAUAAGUUUGAAAUAAGCAUUCAGUUUUACCACCUGGAACGGCAGGAAGGGAAGAAAAUAUGCUACUUGCCAUGUACAUAGCUAAUUUCGAUUUGUUGCAGCACCUCCCAACGAAGGAGACACAUAUUUAGACCAAAUGCAUCCUUCCACAGCCAUAGUCCUAGAAAGACGAUAUUUGUAAAACCAAUCUGUUUCAAAAUCCAAGCUUUAUUUUUCACAGAAACGAUACUUUUUCUCCGAACAUAAGAUGCGAAAUAGGAACGUUUAGAUAAACAAUUCUAAAAGAUAACUGCAAACAUUGAUGGGUACCAGUGAAAUGGAUUUUUUUUUUCGAAAAUCGAC